AAUCUUCUGCUCCAUCUCUCUCUCUCGCUCUCUGAAUAUCGUAGUCUAUGGCCACUGCUUCACUCACAGCCGCCUUCUCUCGCAUCCGCUCCACAUUUCGGGGGCCGCCCCUGUUAUCACCACUCCCCACACUCUUCACUCUCAAACCUAAGGUUUUUUAUCAGCCCAGAAGAUUUUUAUCGAGAACUACUGUGAUGGCGUCGAAAGAGUCCCCAGAGAACAAUCCAGGGCUCCACACUUCUCUGGAUGAGGCUACCAAAGGCUAUUUCUUGCAGCAAACUAUGCUCAGGGUAAAGGAUCCAAAAGUCAGUCUUGAUUUCUACUCUAGAAUAAUGGGAAUGUCGUUGCUUAAAAGGUUGGAUUUUCCGGAGAUGAAGUUUUCACUAUACUUUUUGGGAUAUGAGGACACAUCAUCGGCUCCCAGUGAUCCGGUUCAGCGCACGGGUUGGACGUUUGGUCAAAAAGCUGUACUUGAGCUUACACAUAACUGGGGUACUGAAACUGAUCCUGAUUUCAAGGGUUAUCACAAUGGAAACUCGGAACCUCGUGGGUUUGGACACAUAGGUAUCACUGUUGACGACGUGCAUAAGGCAUGCAAGAGAUUCGAGAGUCUAGGGGUGGAGUUUGUGAAGAAACCUGAGGAUGGAAAAAUUAAGGAUAUAGCAUUCAUCAAGGAUCCCGAUGGCUACUGGAUUGAAAUCUUUGAUACUGCAUCGGUUGCCAGAACAACUGCUAACGCUGCUGUCUGAUGUAAAAAUUCGGUUCUGAAGAACUAAGAAACAAAUAAUACUGCUGUUAUGAGACUUGACUAUAUAUAUGGCUUCCUAGAAUUGGUGUUGUUGAUGCAUCAGGGGGAUGGGGAUGUGACAUGCUGUAAUGGUUACUCCUUAUUACAGUAAAACGGAUGGUCAGAGCUUAAAAAUUUGUGUGAAACAUGCUAUUGCUGAUUCCUUAGAGGAGAUAAUCAUGUGUGCCUUU